AUGACCCCACUGCAUUCUCCGCAUCCCCAGAACCUGACAUUUGACCCUUCACUGACAGUUCAUGCUUCAAAUACUUUGCAUUCAUCCCACGUGUUCCAGGGCUUACUGAUCGACAUCCCUUGCAUCUUGCUAUGGCACCCAAUGGUGAUCCUCGUUAACCCAGCCAUGGAGGACGAACAGCCCUCCAAGCGACGCCGUCGCAGCCGCCGCGCCCCCUCCGAUCGCAAGUUCGAAUGCACCCACGAGAACUGUGGAAAGAGUUAUUCACGCGCAGAGCACCUCUACCGUCACCAGUUGAACCACUCCCCCAAACAAAUCUUCCACUGCGACUUCCCAAACUGCCACCGCGCCUUUGUGCGCCAGGACCUCUGCAUCCGCCAUCGCGAGCGCCAUACAACCCGCGGCUCGCAACUUCACAAACGCGACUCCUUUGCGACCGAGACCGACAAACACGAUGAUUCGAAGCUCGUCACUACAUCACCUUCCUCGCCCAUGACGGCAGAUUACGCGUUCAUGGCCGAUCCCAAAUCCCCUCCUACAUCAUACCCUCUCUCGACAGGUAUUGAAAGUGCGGGCAUUCCCGUAUCUGGAUACACGGAGUUCCCGACCCUAAGCCAGGAUGGAAUACUCGAGUUCGACGGCCUGUCCAAUGCAUAUCCGAUCUUCGGAGGAGAGACGUAUAAUCGCUCGCCGUUUGCCAUGGCGGAUGAUUUUGCCGCGUGGUUGUUUAGUGAGCCUAUGGCACCGCUGGGGUAUGGGAUGAUGCCCAUGGUGCAGAAUCAUAACCGGUUCUAUAUCAAUGAGCCGGCGUUUAAUAAUAUUUGCACUGUCAUUCCGCAGCAUCCCAUGAGUGUGACAAGUAUUCUGGACUCCGGAUCUCUGCCUGCAUUGAUCUCAGAAGAGAAAAGGCAGGAAUUGCUGCAUCUUAUGGCGACGCGGUUCAAUGAGGCGGCGUACUCGGCUGAUGUCAAGCGCAAGGAUGCCCUGCUGGAUGGAGAUUUGACUUCGGAUCGCCAUGUUCUCAGUUUGCGCAUGAUGCAGACGUACAUUGGAAGCUACUGGUAUCAUUUUCAUUCCCAAUUGCCCAUUCUGCAUCAACCUACUUUUGCGGCGGAUCGUACUCCCAAUUUGCUGUUGCUGGCGAUUAUGGCUAUUGGGGCCGCGACGCUGGAUAAAAUCCAUGGGAAGGCGGCGACCGAGACGGCCGCCGAAUUGGCUGGGUUCAUUGCGUGGCAUUUGAGGUGGGAGAUAUUUAUGGACACUGAUUUUCGACCGCCGGCUCGACUUUGGGUCUUCCAAGCAUUGCUGCUUCUGGAGGUUUAUGAAAAGUCUUUUUCUACGAGGGCGCUGCAUGAGCGUGCACACAUUCACCAUGAUACGACCUUGACUCUGAUGCGUCGGGGGAGUUCGUUGAUUGGGAGGUCUUCGUUUGAUUCCCCGGAUACCAAGGAAGAAGACGAUAGCUGGUCGCAUUGGAUCAAGGCGGAGGCUACGCGGCGCGUGGCUUUUGCUGCGUUCGUGUUGGACUCGACGCAUGCUAUCAUCUUUGGUCAUUCUGCUAAGAUGGUUGCUCAUGAGCUCCGCCUCCCCUUACCCUGUGACGAGGCAUUAUGGGCAGCAACCAGCGCGGCCGAGGUCGCUCGCGUGCAAUCAAGUCUACAAUCCCACGGCGUCCGGCCAACCAUGUUCCUCGACGGUCUGAAGCGCACACUCAACGGCCAGCCUGUGCGGACCAACGCGUUCGGCCGCAGUAUCAUCAUGGCCGGCCUACUAAGCGUCAGUUGGCACUUGAACCAGCGAGACCUGCAGGUUAGUUCGCUAGGCGUAGGACAGGCUCUCGGGGUCGCGAUAAAUGGCGGACGGCACUCCUCCGCUCGUACGAUAAUUGGCGACGAGACUUCGACGACGCACUGGGUCCCUCUACCUCUAUGGAAUCUGAGUCCCGGGAUGUGUUGCAUGGAAUCGCGCAUAUCGCGUCCCAUGUUGACAUCGUCGAUCUACAGAUCUUUGCAGGCGCGGGUCGUCUUAUGGGUCGUUCUAUCACGGCGCGCGACUACAGUGCCGCGCGGGAGAAAACCGAGAUCUGGGCUACAAAGGCCUCAGCUCGCGAUGCCACCUUUUACGCGCUGA